AACGGCAGCGUUUGAGCGAGCUUGGCUCGGGGAGGAAAGGGGAAGGGAGCCGGGACGGAGGUAGCGAGAAAAAGCAACCACAUUUUCAACGCUGCAGAUAAACUGUUUGGUGUCUAUCGUAAGAAACGCAAUCCUUUGUCAGCGCUAAAAAGUAUACUCUCAGGAUUGGAGCUUGUUGCAGAAUUUCUUUCCCCUGUGCUGAUUCUUGCUGGUAAAAUGAACGUGGAGAGUCCAAACGAGAAGAAAGAGUAUGCUGCUGAUCUUUCCUCCAUACAGGAGGCCAGGAUAAGAAUCCAACCUUUCGCCCAUCAAACCCCAGUUUUGACCUCUGAGAGUAUUAAUGCUGCUUCAGGAAAACAGCUUUUCUUCAAAUGUGAAUGUUUCCAGAAGGGUGGAACCUUUAAAUUCAGAGGUGCCUGCAAUGCUAUUUAUUCACUUGAUGAUGAACAAGCUGCUAAAGGGGUUGUGACACACAGCAGUGGCAACCAUGCUGCAGCUUUGUCUUUGGCUGCAAAACUGCGAGGGAUCCCUGCAUAUAUAGUUAUACCAGAAAAUGCUCCAAAAUGUAAAGUUGAAAAUGUGAUACGUUAUGGUGGUCAGGUUAUUCGGAGCAAAGCCACAAUACAGUCGAGAGAGAUGGUCGCCUCGAAGGUUAUGCAAGAAACUGGUGCGUUACUUAUACAUCCAUAUAAUGAUGGACGCAUAAUAAGCGGGCAAGGUACUAUCUCGUUGGAGCUUCUAGAACAAGUCCCACAAUUGGACACUUUAAUCGUCCCCAUAAGUGGUGGUGGUUUGAUAUCUGGAAUUUCUGUGGCUGCAAAAGCCAUCAAUCCUGCCAUCCGGAUUUUUGCAGCAGAACCUAAGGGAGCUAAUGAUGCAGCCUUGUCAAAAGCAGCUGGUGAGAUAGUAAUAUUGGCCGAGACCAACACCGUAGCCGAUGGUCUUCGAGCUUUUCUCGGUGACCUUACCUGGCCGAUAGUACGAGAUUUGGUGGACGAUAUAAUAACUGUAGAGGACUCGGAGAUAGUCGAAGCAAUGAGACUUUGUCUUGAAAUACUGAAAGUUGUUGUGGAACCUAGUGGAGCAAUAGGCCUUGCUGCUGUUCUCUCCGACAGUUUCAAGCAAAACCCUUCAUGGAAGGACUGCAACCGCAUUGGCAUUAUACUUUCAGGAGGUAACGUUGACCUUGGCAUGCUAUGGAAUUCAUAUGAAAAAUGAAGCUUGAUUCUCAUCCAUGGAAUUCAUAUUGAUCCUUGCUUGAUGAUCUGAAGUAUACAUUGUCUAGUUUCAUCCUGCAGGCUGCAGCUGUUUUAUGUUUACACUGUUGUUUUCUUUGAUAGAUUGGUUCUGUGAUGGAAUUUGAAGUUUGACUUGCAACAAUAUGAACUUAAAAUGACUUCAAUUCCAUGAAGAAAUCAAUUUGCGCCAAUACUUUUACUCUAA